AGUGUGUGAGGGAGCUGCUAUCAUGAUGUCCAAGAAAUGGGUUUCAGCAAUUCUACUGCUGCAGUUCUGUUACACGGGCUGUGGAUUCUGUGAGAAGAUCCUGGUGUGGCCCUGUGACAUGAGCCACUGGCUCAAUCUAAAGGUUAUUCUGGAGAAACUCACGGAAAGAGGCCAUGAAGUGACUGUGUUGGUGUCGUCACAAAAUUUUAUCAUUGACAACAACAAGCCUUCCACACUGAACUUCGAGAUGUUCUCAGUGCCGCAGGACAAAGAGGUUGCUGAAAAAAGUCUAAACGAAUUUUUAGAUCUAUCUGUUAACGUCAUGCCAACAUUGUCACCCUGGCAAUCAGCAAAGAAACUUCAAGAUUUUUUUCUUCAAAUAAGUGCAGAUUUAAAACUUAACUGUGAGAGUGUUGUCUACAACCAGACAAUCAUGAAGAAACUCCAGGACGCCAACUAUAAAGUUAUGGUUAUAGACCCUGUGACGCCCUGUGGUGAGCUGAUUGCUGAGAUUCUGGGAAUUCCUUUUGUGUAUACAUUAAGACUCUCCCUGGGUAGUACAAUGGAGAAAUACUGUGGGCAACUUCCAUCUCCACCUUCCUACGUGCCUGUUGUCAUGGCAGGAUUACCAGACAAAAUGACCUUUCUGCAAAGGGUAAAAAAUUUAAUGUUUACCAUUUUCUUUGACUUCUGGCUCCAACAAUAUGACCCUCAGCUUUGGGACCAGUUUUACAGUGAAGUAUUAGGAAGACCCACUACGCUAUGUGAGACCAUGGGGAAAGCAGAGAUUUGGCUCAUCAGGACAUACUGGGAUUUUGAAUUUCCUCGUCCAUACUUACCAAAUUUUGAGUUUGUAGGCGGACUGCAUUGUAAGCCGGCCAAACCAUUACCUAAGGAAAUGGAAGAAUUUGUCCAAAGUUCAGGUGAAGAUGGUAUUGUGGUAUUUUCUCUGGGGUCAAUGGUCAAAAAUCUCACAGAAGAAAAAGCCAAUCGCAUUGCCUCAGCUCUUGCCCAGAUUCCACAAAAGGUUUUAUGGAGAUACAAAGGAAAGAAGCCUGCCACGUUAGGAGCCAAUACUCGGCUCUAUGACUGGAUACCACAGAAUGAUCUUCUUGGUCAUCCCAAAGCAAAAGCGUUUAUCACUCAUGGUGGAACCAACGGGAUCUAUGAAGCUAUCUAUCAUGGGGUGCCUAUGGUGGGAGUCCCAAUGUUUGCUGAUCAGCCUGACAACAUCGCUCACAUGAAGGCCAAAGGAGCGGCCGUGGAAGUGAAUAUAAACACAAUGACAAGUGCAGAUUUUCUCAGUGCCUUGAGAACAGUCAUUAAUGAGCCUUCUUAUAAAGAGAAUGCUAUGAGGUUAAAAAGGAUUCACCAUGAUCAGCCUGUAAAACCCCUGGACCGAGCAGUCUUCUGGAUCGAGUUCGUCAUGCGCCACAAGGGAGCCAAACACCUGCGGCCCGCCGCCCACAACCUCACCUGGUACCAGUACCACUCUCUGGACGUGAUUGGGUUCCUGCUGGCCUGUGUGGCCACAGCUGUUUUCUUGGUCACAAAAUGUUGUCUGUUUUCUUGUCGAAAAUUUGGUAAAACAGGAAAGAAGAAGAAAAGAGAAUAGAUCUUUCUAAGUUUGCUAAAGGCUUGCAUGGGCAAUUCUGUUCAUUCUAGCCACAAUGACCUUAACCAUAUCUUCAUCCUAUUUCCAAAAUCCCAUUCCUCUCUACCUUAACAUAGAUAUAAAUUCUAGAAUUCAGCAAUAGCAGUAACCAUGGGCAUGUUCCAUUCUUUCUUUGUCUUUUCCCAGCUGACUUUACUCUCUUCCUCAAACAGUCCUAAGAAAGGUACACAAAUAAUUUUAUGUUUAUCUAUUCAUAAUAUCAGGCUUCCCUGGUGGCUCAGAAAGUAAAGAAUCUGCCUGCAGUGCGGGAGACCUGGGUUUGAUCCCUGGACUGGGAAGAUCCCCUGGAGAAGGGAAUGGCAACCCACUCCAGUAUUCUUGCCUGGAGAAUUCCUUAGACAGAGGAGCUUGGUGGACCAGAUACAGUCCAUGGAGUUGCAAAGAGUUGGACAUGACUGAGUGAUUAACACUUUCACUUUCAUUCAUAAUAUCAAUUUUUUUCUUUAUUUUUAACUUUAAGUUAUAUGCUGACAAUAUACUGAAUCCUGAGGAACACACAAAAUGUAAGUCAAAGCUGAUAGAUGCAGAGAACACAGAGAAUAAAAUUCACAAUAUUUGCUAGGACACACAAAUUAGAAAACCAUCAUAGGAGACUAGUCUAUUACAAGAAGAGUAAUGAUUUCAUUUGUCAUAAAAGACUUCUGCUUGCUAAGUGUUACUGAGGUCAGAGCAUGAAUUGAUAAUAACUGUGAUGGCAUAUCACACCAGGACAGUGAAAACCUGUAGAUUUUCACUAAACACAGAUAACCAUACCUACAUUCCUGACUUUAGUCAGAAAAUAUUCUUGUGUACCAUUUUGUGCAAGAGACUGAGCACCGCCUUCAAGCAAGAGAUCUAUUGAAUCAUUGAUUAUUUUUUUCUCAGGGGCAGAGAAUGUCAGCAGUAUGUUAAGGAAG